GGUGAGAACCAUCUAGGAGUGUUCUACUAUCACUCUGAAGAGAAAUCAGAGACUGGACACAGUUUUGAACCAAUACUGACAUCAACUUAGAAGUGGCUAAAUUGUGUGGGUCAAGUAGUGCAUGUUGCUGAAUCAAAGCUGUGCGUCCCGCGCAUGAUUCACGAUUGCUGUGUCCCUUGCAAGAUAACCUGGGAUGAGCUGGAGGGGCUUUGUCGCCUGGAGAAGCUCUACUGUCAAGAGCUUAACGUGAACAGAGCCAACGUCAAUGAUUAUGAAGUGGAGUUCCUCUGUGAUUACAAGAGGAACAAGGGAGAAGAGUUCUACUUUGUUAAGUGGAAAGGCUUCCCUGAAUCUGAUAACACGUGGGAACCCAAAAGGAACCUCAAAUGUCCAAAACUGAUGAAACUGUUCCACCUUGACUUGGAUCAAGUGCUGAAGCGCCAAAAGAGGCGUGGCCUCCCCAAAAGCUUGGAUAGAGAAGCGGCCUUGAUCCUGGUUCAGAAAGCCAAACACCGCCAGCGCCUGCGUCAGUGGGAAGCUCACCUUAAUAAGACUCGCAAUCACCCAGGUCGCAUUUUUGUCACCAACGACGUGGAUCUCGAUGGCCCUCCAAAACACUUCACCUACAUCAACAACUACAAAGUUGGCCCAGGCAUCGUCCUGAACGAGAUGGCUGUUGGUUGUGAGUGCAAGGACUGUCAGAAGGAGCCGGUGAAGGGAUGCUGCCCGGGGGCCUCACUCCAUCGAAUGGCCUACAACGACAAGGGCCAGGUGCGAAUCCGGCCGGGAGAGCCCAUAUACGAGUGUAACUCCAGAUGCAACUGUGGGCCCGGCUGCUCUAACAGAGUGGUGCAGAAAGGGAUCCAGUUUGACCUGUGCAUCUUUAAGACGGAGAACGGCCGAGGCUGGGGGGUGCGCACGCUGCAGCACAUCAAGAAGAACACGUUUGUCAUGGAGUACGUGGGAGAGAUCAUUACAACAGAUGAAGCCGAGAGAAGGGGCCAUUUCUAUGAUUGCCAGGGCUCUACAUACCUCUUUGAUCUUGAUUACGUGGAAGAUGUGUACACCGUGGAUGCAGCUCACUUGGGGAACAUUUCCCACUUUGUCAAUCACAGCUGUAACCCAAAUUUGCAGGUCUUCAACGUGUUCGUUGAUAACAUUGAUGAGAGGCUUCCCAGAAUUGCUUUGUUUUCAACACGAUCAAUUCGGGCUGGAGAAGAGCUUACCUUUGACUACAAGAUGCAAAUUGAUCCAGUGGACACGGAAAGCACCAAAAUGGACUCAAGUUUCAGUCUAGCAGGACUCCCUGCCUCACCAAAGAAAAGGAUUCGAGUGGAGUGCCGCUGUGGAUCAGAAUCCUGUCGAAAGUAUCUCUUCUGAUAGGACUGUGGAGAAUGUUUUUAAAAAGAAAUGAGAUCUGUACAUUUAACUAUUUUUUUAACUACCAUUAAGUUCUUAUAUUCCAGUAUGAGUGUUUUAAGACAUAAAAUGUGAUUGUUCUUCACUUUGAGUUGGAGCUUUGAAUGGAUUACUCUGAAAAUUUUUAUUCUACAUUAGUCUACCCCUAGAGAUGAGUGUUUUUAGGCUUGGUCUAAAGUGCAGUUUUACAGACUGUUUUAUUCCAUUACCUCCUGGGGCUUAGUUUUUUUUGGUUUUUUUUGUUUUGUUUGUUGGUCAGUCUUAACAGCAUUCAUAGAUGCCCCUACAUUUCUGAGAAACACUUGCAUGCAGCGCUUCAAUAAAAAAAUAUCCUGCAUUUUAUGCAAUCUGCUACAUUGUAAAGUUAGCCUGUUCAGCAUUUAAACUUUUGGCAUAAACACAUUUGCUGAGCUGGUAAUUCGUAUGCUGUUUGACACCCUAAACCUUGUGCCUGAAAUGUGUCAUUGGAUUGGCAAAAGACUAGUGUUUUUUUUUUUUUUUUUUUUUUUUUUCCCUUCAUUUUAUAGCAUGUAAUAGCACCCUUGCAAGUGACUGAUGACAGUUUGUUUUUCUAGACUGCUCAUAAAAUAAUAUUCCUCUAUUUUGUCAGCUGUAUUAAUUGUUUUCUCCUAAAAACUGUCUGUCGAUAUUUGACGUUACUCUUCAGACUUCAGUUUGUGCCCUGCAUGUUCUUCAUUUUUCAAUUGAGUUAUUGGGUCUCUUAAUUUUGUAGUUUGUCAUGCAUGUUGUCUCUUUUAUAUAAUGUUGCUGGUCCCCAGCUUGCCAGUGCUGCAUAUCAAAUACAGUGUUGAGUGAUUACCAAUACUGGCUUGUGGCAAAAUCCUGUACUCAUGUAGAUGUCUUUGUAUUGUUUGUAUAUAUUUGUAGUGAACAUGAGAUUGUAAGCCUGGAAAACAGAAUAUUUAAGGAAGAGUGUCCUACUGUCGCUACCCCAUUUUUGGGUAAAUGCAGUUUUUGUCUUAGGUGUCAAAUUGUAGGCUAUUCAUAAAUUCCCUCCACGCAGUCGGUUUUAUUAAACAAACCAAUCUGGGCCAUGAGAAAACUAUGACCCUCUGUUGUGUCAUCGCUGUUUAUUACUGAGCUCAUUUAUUUGUAUGUUUGCAAAUACAUAAUUCUUGCAGUAA